AUGGAGAAACAGGAAAAGUUACCCCUGGGACCUACUACUCCCAUUCUUGACGGAACAAAGGUCAUAGCCGAAAAGGAGACGGAACCGGAAAGAGAAACAUGGGGGAAGAAGAUCGACUUCCUUUUGUCUGUGGUGGGAUUUGCUGUGGAUCUGGGGAAUGUUUGGAGGUUUCCGUAUAUCUGUUAUAAGAAUGGCGGAGGAGCAUUCAUGAUCCCCUACGUAGUGAUGUUACUGUUUGGAGGACUACCCCUCUUCUACAUGGAGCUGGCCCUGGGACAGUACCAGAGGUGUGGCUGUCUGACGGUGUGGGAUAGGAUAUGUCCCGCCUUCAAAGGGAUAGGCCUGGCAAUUUGUGUGAUAGCUACCUAUGUCGCCUGGUAUUACAAUACAAUCAUCGCUUGGGCAGUCUUUUACUUCUUCUCGGCUUGGCGUGCAGAAGUACCAUGGCGGACGUGCAACAACCCAUGGAACAACAACGAAACCUGUACUAUCUACGAACGACUACUCAUGGGGAAUACCACCAAGCUAUACAGUAACGCCAGCAACAUGGCGAACUUAACCACAACCACCAUGGCCGCAUCGACAGGUCCCGCGAUCAUACGAAAGUCACCAACAGAGGAAUUCUUCGAGUACGAGGUGCUUGGAUUGCAGCAUGCCAGCGGUCUGGAGGAUGUUGGCGGCGUCAAUUGGAUCCUGUGUCUUUGUCUCCUAGGCGUUUUUGUCCUGGUAUAUUUCGCUAUGUGGAAAGGCGUUAAAAGCUCUGGCAAGGCUGUGUGGGUCACUGCUACCAUGCCAUACGUUGUGCUACUGAUCCUGCUGGUCCGAGGCUGUAUGUUGGAGGGGGCCGACAGAGGAAUAUUCUACUAUAUUCGCCCAGUGUGGAGCAAACUCGGCGACAAAAGCAUUUGGAUUUCGGCGGCAGCUCAAGUGUUCUUUUCCUUGGGACCCGGAUUCGGUGUUUUGCUUGCUUUAUCUAGUUACAACAAACUCAACAACAACUGUUACAAAGAUGCCUUGAUCACGAGUGGAAUCAACUGCGCGACGAGUUUCCUGGCGGGGUUCGCCGUGUUUUCUGUACUGGGCCAUAUGUCCUUCGUACAGGACAGACCUGUGGAAGAUGUCGCCCGAGAUGAUGUCGGGCUGAUCUUCAUAGUGUACCCCGAGGCUAUAUCCUCCCUCAAUUUCUCUACCUUCUGGGCGUUACUCUUCUUUUUCAUGCUCAUCACCCUCGGACUCGACACGACGUUUGGUGGUCUGGAAUCACUGUGUACAGGGAUACUAGACGAAUAUGUUGUUCUCAGGAAGAACCGGAAGUUGUUCGUCCUUGCUCUAAUGGCGUAUUGCUUCAUAGGGGCAUUGGCUACAACAACAUAUGGUGGUAUAUACGUUGUGCAGUUACUGGAUUCUUUCGGAGCUCCAAUAGCCAUCAUCUUUGUGGUUUUCCUCGAGGCUGUAGCCGUAUCGUGGAUAUAUGGCGUAAACAGGUUCUGUGACGAUAUAGAGUCAAUGCUGGGGUUCCGACCGGGUAUCUACUGGAGGGUGUGCUGGAGCAUCAUCAGCCCAUUCUUCCUACUGAUCCUAUUCAUCCUCUCGCUGAUCGACCCGAUGCCUCCCCAGUACGGCUCCUAUGACUUCCCACAGUGGUCAUUCAUUCUGGGAUGGAUCAUCGUGUGCUCGUCUCUCAUCUGUAUUCCCGGUUAUAUGAUUUACAAGUUCUUCCGCACACCAGGUUCCAUCCGCCAGAGAAUUCUCGUCAUGUUUACACCCACCGACGUACCAAGUCACGCCAGGAAACCUGCACUGCCAGCCUAUGUCUAACGUUUCAGACAAACCGGAAGUAGAGUUGAAGAUGAAUCAUUGAUGACAUGCGCAGAAAUCGGUGCCUAUAAUAUAAAUAUUGA